CUCAUUUAAGUUAUUUCCCAACGCACACAUGUGCUAACCAGAGAGUGAUUAAAUGGUCGGGUUAUUCGUCGUCAGUAACGCGAGAGGGGUCAUGUCCCAGUUUUCCUCUAGGAGCCGGUUCAACAGGUAGAGUAGCUCCGUCAGGUAUCAGACGCUCGAGGCUCCGCGCACAGGUAGAAACGGAAACUGCAGAAGAACAGAGAGAGGGAGAGAGAGAGAUUCACCGACGGGAGGACUGAAUGUGUUGUUACUUUGAAGAACUCUUUGUUUGAGAAAACGGUGUGGAGUUGACGGUAGUGUCGUGGAUCCGCAGAGCGGACUCCCCUCACCCAGUCCCCGAGACCCCCUGCUCAGUCCUGAGUCACACAUGGAUGUUCAGGGGUAUAAGUGGGUGCGAUGGCGUGUGUGGCUGUGUCGCCUGGCCGCCCUGCUGUCCUUGGGUCUCCUCCUGAUUGUGUUUCACUGGCGCCCACGGCUUGCUGUCCUCGCCCGCUGCUGCUCCUGUCCUCUGGCUUUGGCAGAUGUUCUGCUCUUAAAAGACAGUUUUGGUCAGCAGUAUGUGGUGGAUGUCCUCACACAGGAGAUGGAGGAGGGCAGUUUGGACUUGCUGGGAGACCUGGAGGACACUGAGUGGAAAGAUACAGUUCAUCUCUACAAGGAGGAGAAAACUCUGCUGCGCUUUUAUCUGUUUGAAGGACUGCGCUACAUCUGGCUGGAUAGAAAAGGAGCUUUCUGUCGUGUUAGUGUCCUCAAUGAGGACUGGACUUAUAAGGACCUGUAUGGUUUCCAAAAGGGCCUCAGUCACCUGGAGCAAAGCUCGAGGAGACGUAUGUAUGGGCCCAACCUCAUUGAUGUGCCUGUGAAGCCUUACACCAGACUGCUGUUUGAGGAGGUCCUCAAUCCGUUCUAUGUGUUCCAGUUGUUCAGCAUCACCCUUUGGCUUAUCGAUAACUAUUUUAUUUAUGCAGUUUGUAUUUUCCUCAUCUCCGGUUUGUCCAUCGGCAUCUCUCUUUAUGAGAUUCGUAAGCAAAGUCUCACUCUUCGUAACAUGGCACGGAUGAUCACAAAUGUCACGGUGAGGAGAAAGUCAGGAGCUGAGGAGUGUGUGAGCUCUGUGGAGCUGGUCCCUGGUGACUGUCUCAUCAUCCCUCAGGAAGGUCUGAUACUGCCCUGUGAUGCUGCCCUGCUGGCAGGGGAGUGUUUGGUUAAUGAGAGCAUGCUGACAGGCGAAAGUGUCCCAGUUCUGAAAACCCCGCUGCCGACCGGUGACGGGCGGUACAGCUCAGAGACUGAGCGCAGACACACCAUCUUCUGUGGCACUCAUCUUAUCCAGGCCAAAGGGGGAGGGCCAGAAGGCAGGGGGGCUGUCGCUGUGGUCACAAGCACCGGGUUUUUCACGGCUAAAGGGAACCUGGUCAGCUCCAUUUUGUAUCCUCAGCCAACAAACUUUCGCUUCUACCAAGAUUCUGUCAAGUUCCUGCUUAUCUUGUGCAUCGUCGCUUUUUUUGGCACCGUUUACAGCUUUGUGGUCCUCUUCAAAUCCUGUGCGACCUGGCUGGAGUUGGUGAUUAGAAGCCUGGAUAUUGUCACCAUCACAGUGCCCCCUGCCCUACCCGCUGCCAUCACCAUGGGUACCAUCUACGCCCAGCACAGGCUGAAGGGUCGGGGCAUCUUCUGCAUCAGUCCACCUCGUAUCAAUAUCUGUGGAAAGGUCUCACUCUUCUGCUUCGACAAGACAGGAACUCUCACAGAGGAGGGCCUGGAUGUGUGGGGAGUGAUAGAGGCGAAACCUGCUGGUUUCUCAGAGCUAGUACCAGAGCCAAGACUCCUUCCACCGGGGCACAUGCUCUCUGGUCUUGCCUGCUGUCACACUGUGACGCUGCACCAAGAUCAGUACCUCGGAGAUCCUUUAGAGCUCAAAAUGAUCGAGUCUACCGGCUGGACUCUGGAGGAGCCAGAGGGGAAUGGAGAUGGGCUGAAUGCAGAGUUUGGGGGACACAAAGUUCUUGCUGUCAUGAGACCGCCCGCUCAAGAGCUCCAAGCCCAAGAAACAUCCGUCAGUGAGCCGGUGGCCAUCGUUCAGAGGUUUCCCUUCUCCUCGGCCCUGCAGAGGAUGAGCACGGUGACGGUGGCCCCCGGGGGAAGCUCACCCCUUGCUUUCAUCAAAGGAUCCCCGGAGAUGGUGGCGAGUCUGUGUCGAGCUGAAACUGUACCGGCCAAGUUCUCCAGCAAACUGCGCAACUUCUCCAGUGAAGGCCUCAGGGUUCUCGCUCUGGCUUAUAAACCAUUAGAAGAGAACAUUGACUUGAGGACCAUCGACAGAGGGGAGGUGGAGAAAGACGUGCAGUUUUUGGGUUUUCUGAUUAUGAAGAACCUGGUGAAGCCAGAGAGUCCCGUGGUCAUAAACAUCCUGAGACUGGCAAACAUUCGAAACAUCAUGGUCACUGGAGACAACAUUUUAACAGCAGUCAAUGUAGCAAAAUGCUGUGGGAUGGUGGGAUCUGAUGAGAAGGUGAUAUUCGUCAAUGUAGUCCCCCACACCAACCAGUCCAUGCCUAUGCUGAGGUUUAAUCUGGAAAGUGGCGGGCCGACUGUCCCCCAAAACUCUGUGGAGGUCAUCACUCAGGGUCUGUACCAGGGUGGCUAUGGCUAUCACCUGGCUAUCAGUGGAAAGUCCUUCGCGGCACUCUGUGAAUACUUCCCUGAAUAUCUGCCAAAGGUUUUGUUGCGUGCCACUGUAUUUGCACGCAUGACUCCAGACCAGAAAACCCAGCUGGUGAAGGAGCUGCAGAAACUGAACUACCGAGUGGGUAUGUGUGGGGACGGAGCCAACGACUGUGGAGCCCUAAGAGCUGCUGACAUUGGAGUUUCCCUGUCUGAGGCUGAGGCCUCAGUCGCUUCCCCUUUCACCUCCAAGACUAAAAACAUCAGCUGUGUGCCUCUGCUGAUCAGAGAGGGCCGGUGUUCCCUGGUGACCUCCUUCAGUCUCUUUAGGUACAUGGCCCUCUACAGCCUCAUCCAGUUCUGCUCCGUCCUUGUCCUCUACACAGUGCACACCACCAUGGCUGACCUGCAGUUCCUGUUCUGUGACAUCUUUGUGGUGACCCUGCUGGCCUUAGUGAUGGGGAAGGGAGGUCCCAGUAAGGAGAUUAGUUCCCGCAGACCCCCAGCCAGUCUGUUGGGUCUUCCUGUGCUGGGCAGCCUUUUAAUCCACAGCUCCAUGAUCGUCCUGGGCCAGCUGGCUGCGCUCUUCAUCACCAUUUCACAAGACUGGUAUGUUCCACUCAACUCGACGGUGUUUGGAACAGAAAAUCUGCCCAACAUGGAGAACACCAGUGUGUUCGCCCUGUCAGGUUUCCAGUACAUCAUCAUGGCCGUGGUGGUCACUAAGGGCUACCCUCACAAGAGACCUCUCUACCACAACGUGCUUUUCCUCUGUUUACUGUUCGUCCUCUUCGGCCUGAUGACUUGGUUGGUCGUUUAUCCUGGAGCUUUGGUUUGCAAAACAUUUGACCUCUUCAACUUCUCUGACAUUGAUUUCAAACUGCUGCUCGUUGCGGUUGCUGCUCUCAACUUCCUCAUUUGUUUCGUUGCAGAGGUGCUGAUAGACCUGGGUUUACUCAACUGUCUUCGGCUGCUGCGUGGGAAACGUCAGUCCAAGAAACAUUACAAACGUCUGAACAUGCUUCUGGCCAACUCUCCAUCAUGGCCGCCUCUUAACCAGACCCUGUCCCCUACAAACAGCACCGUUAUCUUCCUGAGCUAGCGUCUGCUUUCUCCUCUGUUGAACACUGUCAAUGAAUGAGCCAAAUGAUGCUGUGGGUGACUGAAGCUCACCUCAGCCUGACCAACACUGCAAAAUCAUGUUUACCUGUUAAUAAAACUAUUUUAUUUAAACCAAA